AUGGACUGGCCAUACCACAUCAACACCACCCUCACCACCGAGCAAAAGACCCUCCGCCGCCAAACCAUCAACCGCUACGGUCUAUACGCGCACCUCUCCCCUGUCCUCCCCAUCGCGCUAUACUGGCUGUACGUGCUCGCCAUCUAUGUCUUCCGCGCAAGGCAGACGAGGGGGGAGUAUGCGGCUGUUCCGGGGUCGCCGCAUGUGAAGCGGGAAGCGGGGAUGGCGCCGGGGAGGGCGGCGAGGUGGUGGAGGGGUGGGGUGUUUUGGGUUGGCGGGAGGCGGAGGGGGGGCGUGGAGGAGGAGAGGGUGCUGCAUAAGAUUGCUGGGUUGGUGUGGGCGGUUUGGCUGGGGGCGUUGUCGGUGCAUGGGACUGGUGAUGACUACCUCCACCUCACCAAACGACUCGGAAUGAUCGCAGCAUCCCAGCUCCCAAUACUGUACCUCCUCAUGAUGAAGAACCGCUACUCCCCACUACGAUACCUCCUCCGCGCCUCCCACGAAGAGCUCAACCCCUACCACCGCAUCCUCGGCCGCAUCAUCGUCACCCUCUUCAGUCUCCACGCCGGCUUCUACCUCAACUUCUUCAUCCGCGCCAACCUCGUCAAAAACCUCUUCACCCGCCCCGUCCCAUCACUAGGCCUAGUCUCCAUCAUCCUCAUCCUAGUCCUCUACAUCACCAGCAUCAACACAAUCCGCACCUACAGCUACCGCAUCUUCUACGCCGCCCACUUCACCAUCAGCCUCCUCCUCGCCCCAAUCCUCUUUUUCCACGCCGCCCCCGUCCGCAUCUACCUCCUCGAAACCCUCGCUUUUGUUCUCUUCAACAUCCUCACCCGCCGCCUAACUUCCUUCCUCGCCCCCUCCAUCAUCACCACCCUCCCCUCAACCACCCUCCUAAAACUCACCAUCCCCAUACCCCCCUCCCACCGCCCCCUCUACGCACACGCACAAGCCCAACACGUCUACCUCUCCAUCCCACCCCCCAGCCAACCCUCCGCCGGAGCAGCCAUACUAAAUCUCUGCUCAAACCCCUACACCAUCUCCUCCAUCGCCCCCGACACCACAUCCCUAACCCUCAUCGCGCGGUCUCUCGCCGGCCCAGCCUCCGCGCGCCUCCUCGAACUCGCUGAGCUCCGGAAAGCGCGCCCCCCUCUGCGCAUCGAGGGGCCGUAUGGCGGGUCUACCCGGUUCCCCAAUUUCGCUAGCGAGUUUGAUCGGGUCUUACUGGUUGCUGGGGGGGUGGGAGCGACGUUUGUACUCCCGCUUUAUCAGGGCGUUAGGGCGGAGAUGGAGAGGAGGGGUGGGAACACGGAGAGAGUUAUUAUGGUGUGGUCGGUGCGGAGCGCGGCGGAGGUGGAGUGGGCGGCGGAGGCGGUGGGGGAGCUGGCGAGUGGGGUUGAGAUUGUGGUUACGAGGGAGGAGGAGGAGGGGGGGUCGGUGGAUGGGGUUGGGGGGGUUGAGAUGUUGGGUUUGGCGGAGGAGGGGGGGAGGAGGAAGAAGGGACGGGUGGAUGUUGGUGGGGUUGUGGAUGGGGUGUUUAGGAAGGGGGAGGGCGAGAGGGUUGCUGUUAUUGUGUGUGGACCGGGUGGGAUGGCGAGGGAGGUGAGGACUGCGGUGGGGAGGUGGGUGAAUAAGGGGAGGGAUGUGUGGUUUCAUGAGGAAGGGUUUGGGUUUUGA